CCCAUGCCCCAGCGGCGCUGAGCCUCCCGCAGCCCGAACAUGGCCACCACGGCAACGUGCACCCGCUUCACCGACGAGUACCAGCUCUACGAGGAGCUUGGCAAGGGAGCCUUCUCUGUGGUCCGCAGAUGUGUAAAGAAAAGUUCAUCACAGGAAUAUGCUGCAAAAAUCAUCAACACCAAAAAACUGUCAGCCAGAGAUCACCAGAAACUGGAACGUGAAGCUCGAAUCUGCCGACUUCUAAAGCAUCCAAAUAUCGUGCGGCUCCAUGACAGUAUUUCAGAAGAAGGUUUCCAUUACCUCGUCUUUGAUCUGGUUACUGGUGGGGAGCUCUUUGAGGAUAUUGUUGCCAGAGAAUACUACAGUGAAGCAGAUGCCAGCCACUGUAUUCAUCAGAUACUGGAGAGUGUGAAUCACAUUCACCAGCAUGAUAUCGUGCACAGGGACUUGAAGCCUGAGAAUUUACUACUGGCAAGUAAAUGUAAGGGUGCUGCUGUCAAACUGGCUGACUUCGGACUGGCUAUAGAAGUCCAGGGAGAGCAGCAGGCCUGGUUUGGGUUUGCUGGCACUCCAGGCUACCUCUCCCCCGAAGUCUUAAGAAAAGAUCCUUAUGGAAAACCAGUGGAUAUAUGGGCAUGUGGAGUGAUUCUGUACAUAUUACUAGUGGGGUACCCUCCCUUUUGGGAUGAAGAUCAGCACAAACUCUAUCAGCAGAUCAAAGCCGGAGCCUAUGACUUCCCAUCACCUGAGUGGGACACUGUGACUCCCGAAGCAAAGAAUUUGAUCAACCAGAUGCUGACGAUAAACCCAGCAAAGCGCAUCACAGCUGACCAGGCUCUCAAACAUCCAUGGGUCUGCCAACGAUCCACUGUCGCUUCGAUGAUGCACAGGCAGGAGACUGUGGAAUGCUUGAGAAAGUUCAAUGCUAGAAGGAAGCUAAAGGGUGCAAUUCUUACGACGAUGCUUGUGUCUCGGAAUUUUUCAGCUGCCAAAAGCCUGCUGAACAAGAAGUCAGACGGAGUGAAGCCACAGAGCAACAACAAAACCAGUAUAGUAAGCACUGCAAAAGAAACACCCCCAGUGCAGACGUCCAUGGAGCCUCAAACAACUGUUGUCCAUAAUGCUACAGAUGGCAUAAAGGGUUCCACAGAGAGCUGUAACACCACGACCGAAGAUGAGGAUCUGAAAGCUCCCCCUCUCUCCACCGGGGACGGCAGCUCAGUGCUUGAAGGACGGAGGCACAGUGAGAGCAAAACACAGACUGAGUCCAUGCAGUCCCAGCUUUCUCUCUGUUUCUCAGCCACUACACAGUCUUGUGAAGAGAAGCUUCUUGCCUGGGACAGCCCAGGGCAGACAUUGGAGUUAGAGCGUGCUCAGUCGGAGCCUUUGCUAACUCCAGUAGUUCCCUUUGUACUUAACCGUGCACCGUUGCGUAAGCAAGAGAUCAUUAAGAUAACAGAGCAGCUGAUAGAAGCCAUCAACAAUGGAGACUUUGAGGCUUAUACAAAAAUCUGUGAUCCUGGCUUGACCUCAUUUGAACCUGAAGCACUGGGGAACCUGGUUGAAGGAAUGGAUUUCCAUAAGUUUUACUUUGAGAACUUACUGUCGAAGAACAGCAAGCCAAUACACACCACCAUCCUGAAUCCCCACGUCCAUGUCAUUGGUGAAGAUGCUGCCUGUAUCGCGUACAUCCGCCUGACACAGUACAUAGAUGGCCAAGGCCGGCCCCGCACCACGCAGUCUGAAGAGACCCGCGUCUGGCACCGCCGAGAUGGCAAGUGGCUGAAUGUCCACUACCACUGCUCUGGAGCUCCUGCAGCACCUCUCCAGUGAAGAUCAAAUACGGCAACUUGUGGAGAUACUCAGCUGGAGGGCAAUAUCUUCUUAGCAAGCAGCUCUGGAGUGCCUGAGUGACAGCAACGGUUAUGUCUGUUUUGACGUUAAAAAAAAAAAAUACAAAUUACAAACAGGCAGCAGCCAAAUGCACGAAACCCUGCAUGCAUCUGAUGCUCCGGGCGCUGCCUUUCUGUUGUUUUCCAUGGAUCCAUCGUGUCUGUUUCUGCUGUACGAAGGUGUUUUUAAAUCUAAAAAAAAAGACAUGUUGUUUGUAUAAAAUAAUAAAAAACAGGAGUAAUGCUAAAUAAAUGACAGCUUAUCCAACCUGCCCCCUCCCCCAGGGCUAAGAAAAUGGCAGCAGCUGGAACAUCUUUCAGGAAUGAAGUAAGGGGGAAAGCAAAAGUGAAGGAGAGAGAAAGAGAGAGGGAGAGCAAAAAAGGAGGCGGCUUGAGCAGCGGAUGGCUGAACUGUGCUCCGCAAAGCCAUGGUGGAAGCUAACAUCACAUUCAGGCUGUGCUGCGACUUCAGUCGGUGAGAGGUGGCGAGGAGACCCCAGAGGAGCCAGUGUGAAGACUGGGGUUCAAGAGGGAGGAGGCACUUCUCUUCCUGUUGCCUGGCAGACUGACUUCAGCCUGAGUUUCUUCUUCAAUUUCUGCACAGCAAGGACGCUAUGGAAAGCUGGUUGCUCGGCUGCUGGAUCCCAAAACAGACUUUUUUUUUUUAAAAAGAAAAAAAUAACAAAAUGGGAUGUUGAUUUAAAACUAAAGGUGGAAGUAGGGAUUAAAAAAUGGGUUUAGGUGAAUAUAACUUAAAUAGAAGCUUGCUCUUCAGAGAUACUGGUUUUGGAAGCAGCCACUCCCUGGCCAAACAUGGAGGUUUGAAGCCAGAUUAUUUAAUUUAACAAAACAAAAAAAGCAUUGCAUUAAGAGCAGAGAUUUUAGAGGAAGAGGGUACAUGUAUGGGAUUUCCUAUUUCUUUUUUUCCUUUCUAGUAGCAUAGUCGGGAUCCACAGUGCUGCCGAACACGUGUUCUUAGGAAGCAGACAAAAAACUUAGUGUUACGUUCUUCAUGAAGACUUGCACAUACACUCCUAUAUGAGGCAUAAAUAGCGUGUGUUUUUUUUAUACUGAAAUAUAUGCACCCAUAGAAUUAAAGGGGUUACCUGGCCUCCUGUUUGAUUUGUUUGGUCUCCGAGUAAAGUAGCAGUGGGAGCCAGCAGCCCCAGCCAGGUGCUUCUCCCCACCACUAACCCAUCUGAUGUUUUUAAGUGUCAUGUUUCCUAGUGUUUAUUUGGGUAAUUUUUCUAUUUUUUACAGUGAUGUUGUAACACAGAAAACUAUCAGAUCAGAACCUCAAAAAACAUAGCUGAAGGACUCCAGGCCACCUCCCUGUGUUGCCUCUGGGUGUUAGAGGAUACCUCAUGAAACGAGGGGAAAGGGAGUUAGCACACGUGAUCUGAUGUUUGUCCUUUGGGCCAAUUCAUCUUCCUCUUUGCUGCAAAAGGAGUCCAUUUCCUUUAUUCAUUGUGUGGGGAAUGCGGAAGUGUUUUGUUGACCUUACCAAGGAGGGGGCCUCACCCCAAGAAGAAAAUGGCCUUUCUGGCGGACCCGAUAGGAUUUGUCUUGACCAAGGGAAGGCAUCGCUUGCAGCAGUUGGGAUGGGCUUUUACCUGGAUUUCUGUCUACCCCUAAUCAUUUUUCGGAUCUUUCAAGGGAGUUAAAGUAAUUGCUUUGACAGCAUACUAAGUGUGAGGCAACCCUUUUACAGACUACGGAAGAGAAGAAAGCCAGUUUGGAAUUUUAAUCCUUAUUUAACAGAAUGCAGAAAAUAACCGCUGUUGCACAAAGUGGAGCUGUCACUUUGCAACAGAUGGCUCUCUGCUCUCUUUGUUAGAGAGGUGCUAUCCCACACCAGGAUUAGAUCAGCUAACCCCUGAUGAAGGAAAGGACCAUCCACACUUCCCAGGUUUGUCUGAGCAAAUACCCUUUUCUUCCUCCCUCCACCACCCCAGGGAGGAGUGUGGGGAUUGAACCCAUGGGGGGCAAACACUAGAUUUUAUCAUUUUGAAACAUUUUUAAGACAGCACUAAGCCAGUGAGUGAAGUGGAAAAGUGGAAAGCCUUGAUAUUUUACUCAGAUUUUUUUUUUAAAGCCACAAAGAGAGAGCAAACAGGAGAUUAUAAUUAUGCCAUUUAAAAAAGAUAAAUACAAAACAUUAUGCAUGCCUUCUGUAGGUCUGAUCUUCCUUGUCUCUUUACCUGAAAAUUAUUCAUAAUUAAAAAGAAAACCCUCUGUAUUAAGUAUCUGCAUCUUUCAGAGAAAAUUUAAAAAGAACAGAACUGUUGGGUUUUUUGGUUUUGCACAGUCUUGGAGACAAACUCUCUUUUGGGUUUUUUUGUUUGUUUUGUUUCCUUUUAAGUUAAUGAGAACCUUAGCUUGGUAUGGCCAUUAUCAAACACAGCUGUACACCUUUAGCAUUCUUAAUGUUCUCUUAUGGGGCUAAUAUUAGCAUCUAUAUAAUAUAUAUUAUAAAUAUCACAUUUUAAACAGGAAAUGGAAGGCAUUUGAUGCAGAAUUUUUGCAUGAUAUAGAAAUAAUUAAAGUUAGCUAGUGUUUGUUUGGUCUGAAUGUUGGUAGAACCUUCAUAGCUUUGUUACAAUGAAACCUUGAACUGAAGAUAUUUAAUAAAAUAACAUUUAAACU